GGUUUGUUUAUAUUUAUAUUUGAUGUGAAGGUUGAAAUUUGAAAAUUCGGUUUGAUUUUGAGAAAUAUGUUCAAGUUUAUAAGUAAAAUGUAAACUUAAUAAAAUAUUUAAGUCAUGUUAACCAUUUAUUAAUUACUAAUUUACAUUUAAAACAGUAAAAUAUUGAAUAUGUUUGCCACUUAUGUUCGCAAUUUAUCAUUUUAUUACAACAUUUUGAACCCUUUUAUUAAAAAAACAGAAUUUUUUCGUAACGUUCAUUUUAUACGAAGAUUUUCAAAUAUUACAACUUUAGAUGUUUUUGAUAGACAAACUAAAAAGAUACACAGAAAUUGGUCGGCAAAAAUCAAAGGUGGCGAAGUUUAUGAUUAUUUGAAAGAUGAAGUUGGUGACAGAGUUGCAGACCGUGUAUUUGAUAUCACUAGGACAUUUACUAAUUGUGUGGAGCUAGGCUGUGGAAAAGGUCAUAUUUCUAAGCAUUUAACACCAGACAAUGUUGAGAUGCUAUAUCAGUGUGACAUUUCAUCUGAAAUGGUGGAGCAAAGUAAAAUAUGUUCUGAAAUACCCACUGUUAAGAUGGUUGUAGAUGAGGAAUAUUUGCCCUUUUCUCCAAACAGUAUUGAGCUUUUUGUGAGCAGCUUAAAUUUUCAUUGGAUUAAUAAUCUUCCUGGAGUAUUUGAGCAACCCUCUUCAACUGAAAAUUAUGAAGAGCGCCGAUUAUCUGAACGUCCAUAUUAUCCGAACCAUGACCAUAUUUAA